AUGGAAGUAAUUGAAAUAAAAAACCUUGAAAGAAGUUUCUAUGAUUCGUUCCUCUUUUCGUGGAAAUGGUAUCUCUCUUCGUGGAAAUGGUCUCUCUCUCUUCGUGGAAAUGGUCUCUUUCUUCGUGGAAAUGAUCUCUCUCUCUUUGUGGAAAUGAUCUCUCUCUCUUCGUGGAAAUGUUUUGGACAUGUACAUUUCGAUUCGAAAGAAAUCGCGGAAAACUUUUACGGAACUGUUCAAGAAAAUACAUUUACCGUUUAUGAUCAAGAAUUAGACAAAAGGAUCGAGAUGUAUUUUUUACCAUCGAGACCUUACGAAAACUCAAAUGAAGAAAGAAAUUUCGACGAAAACAGGAGAUCAACAGUAGAAAGUAACCGAAGACCAAAUCAAAGAAGUUCACCCUCAUUAACAGUAUCGAAUUUCACGGAGGCACCAGCAUUAUCCUUAUCGACAAGAUUGUCUCACUCUGAAACGACACCAGAAUUACCUUUGACUGAAACAACAUAUUCCAGAACAGUAAAAACUUCUGGUGUAGCAGUAUCGCAACAAAUUGUAGAUGCACCCUCUUUGACAGUCACGGAAGCACCAGGAUUACCUUUGGCCAAAACAACACAAUCCAGAACUGUAGAAUCGUCUGGUGUAGCACCUCUUACAGCGCAACAAAUUUUAGAUUUACGUUUUAAUAAACUAUUUCAAAUUUGUCAGAACACCAAUACCAAAUUAUGUCAAAUUAACGCAGAAUAG